UUUACUUAAUGUAUUCACAAAAUAUGUCAGCGUUGUCUGUAAUUGAAAUGUAUACACUGUAAAAAUCAAUGUUGCAGAACAAGGAAGUACAUUUUGGUAUCAAAUUCCAUGAAAGAAUUCAAAAGCGACAGGAAAAUAUUUACAGUCAACAUUUCAUCUGAGGAACAUACUGUGAAUGAUUUAAAAAAACUUGUGAAAAUAUUUUGAGGAUUAUAUAAAGAUAAAACAUGGCUGUCCCAGGAAAAAAAGCAUCAAAACAAUUUUCAUCUUCAACACAAUCCAUGGCAUCAGAUGAAGAUCUUCAAGUUUACUGUCAACCUUGUGAUGAGGAAGGAACCAGACUUCCUGCCCAUGGUUACUGCACAGAUUGCAAGGAACAUUUAUGCAAGAAUUGUUUCACAGUCCAUAAAAAGCAUAAACUUUCCAAACAUCAUACACUUCUGGAUGCAACAAGAAUGCCUAAAGUUUUGCAUCAACCCUCAUCAUCCACCCACACAGGCCAGUCUGAUGAACUUACCACACCCUGUUCCAAACAUCCGAAAGAAAUGAUCAAGUUCUACUGCCUCAACCAUGAAGAAUUACUCUGCAGUGUGUGUGUUACCCUUGAACACCAAGCUACAUCCUGCAAAGUAAACUAUAUACCCGAUAUAUCUGGUAAUAUGACAGACAGCAAAGAAUGUCAAGAUAUUUUGAAAGCAGUAAAUAGUACUUCUGACCAAUAUCAGCAGUUUGUGGAAGAUGCCAAAAAGAUGACAAAUAAGUCCAACAGCUCUCUCAAAGAUGCAUUAUCAGACAUUAGAAAGUUUCGGCAAGAAAUCAACCAAAGACUAGAUGAACUGGAGAAACAGAUUGAAAAUGCAGUUAAAGUCAUAGAACAAGAAAAUAACAAAUAUCUGAAAGCAGUAGAGACAACAUGUGAAGACAUAACCAAAUCUCUGAAGACAUCAUCAGGCACCAUUAAACAACUUAACAUAUCAAAACAAGCUGAUAAACUCUUCAUGGAACUUAAACUUGCAGAAAAAACAAUGAAAAAUGUGGAGGGAAAAAAAUUAGAACUUUCAUCAUAUGUUAUCAAAGAACACAAUUAUAAAGCAAAUGUGGCAAUAUUAGAUUUUCUUAAAACAGAGAAGUCUUUGGGUACAUUGACACAAAAAACUUUAACAAUAAAAUCUCAAUUUUCACAAAUAAAGUCUAGAAAAUCCUCACAUCAGGGACAAAUCUGUGUGAAGACAUCAAAAGAUAAAGACAGUUGCUUCAUAACAGGAAUGACUCUGCUGACUCCUGAUCUUCUAAUCAUCAUUGACCACGAUAAUCAUGCUGUAAAGAUGGUAGAUAUCAGCAGUCAAUCUGUGUCUGAUCAACUACAACUAGAUGAUAACCCAUGGGAUAUUACCACGGUAUCUAGUACUGAACUUGCUGUCACACGUCCUUACGCAAACAAAAUACAGUUUAUAUCAAAAUCAUUAAAAAAACUUAUAAAAAAGCACACUAUCAAAGUAAAUGGACUAUGUCAUGGUAUAAGCUGUUACCAAGGUAAACUUGUUGUGACAUACUGUUAUCCUGGAAAAGUCCAGAUCCUUGAAAUGAAUGGCACUAUACUGACAACAAUCGAUGAUAAAAAUAUUUUUAAAGACCCAGAAAAUGUAACAUGUAAUAAACGUUCUAUCUAUGUAUCUGACUGUGGGAUGAAAUCAAUUACAAGAAUAAACUGGCAGGGUGAUGUAGUAGGUAGCUAUAGCUGUACAGGUGAGCCAAGAGGAAUAUCACUAUCAGAUGAUGGAACUGUCUUUGUGUGUGACUGGAAGAAAAAUGUUAUAGAAGAGAUGUCAGAAGACUGCUCUACAGGAAAGGUUGUACUGCAGAAUGUGAUUUUUCCAUAUGCUGUUUGUUGGUCUGAGGAAACAAAGAAGUUGCUUCUGUUGCAAAACACCGUGUUACAACAAGACUGGCAAGAAUGUGAAUGUAAAACAUGGCACCCGGAACCAACUGUCAGACUUCUCACUGUGCCU